CCUAAUCGUUGCCAAGAUAGAGUCGUUCGUUGGCGGAUCAGUGCCGCUCUGCCUAUUUGCCCCUGCGAUCACCGAGCAAGCAGUGCCUCGCUCUCUCUCUGAUUCACUAUGGGGCGCGUACGAACCAAGACCGUGAAGAAGUCUUCGCGCCAAGUGAUAGAGAAGUACUACUCUCGAAUGACCCUUGAUUUUCACACGAACAAGAAAAUCCUAGAGGAGGUGGCUCUCAUUCCCUCCAAGAGGCUCCGCAAUAAGAUUGCGGGAUUCUCCACCCACCUGAUGAAGAGGAUCCAGAAGGGUCCCGUUCGGGGCAUCUCCCUUAAGCUUCAGGAGGAGGAGCGCGAGCGCAGAAUGGAUUUCGUGCCCGACGUUUCUGCGAUAAAGACGGAUCACAUUGAGGUCGAUAAGGAGACUCUUGAUAUGCUCAGCGCUCUCGGCAUGAGCGAGAUUCCAGGGGUUGUUCAAGUUGAUCCCGUUCCCGUGCAGCAAUCCUUUGGAUUUGGCCGCGGUGGUUUUGGUGGAGCCGGCAGGAGGUUCUAAGGGCUUCGUGACGCUCACCCUGGUUUGAGUUUCGAGUUCUUUUUGGCUUUUGUUUGUUUACUUAAUGUAAGGUAUUUGAAAGUACUUUGCGUUUAUAGUGAAGGAUAUUUGUUAGCCGUGGCUAUUAUCAGUUUUUGUGAACUACAAUACUUUUCCCCUUAAUGCCUUGUUUUAUUUACGUUCACGCUUAUUUAGGGCUCUUUUCCAUGGUAUUGGAUCGGGUGCCCCCAUUAACCGUAGUUCACUGAUUGGGUGCUCAAUAAAUUUAGCUGUAUUUUUUUUUU